AUGGAAGCAUCUUGCCCUUAUAGUCCCGUCUAUGAGGAGACCUACUUGAUUGAGUGUUCCCAACACAACACUCGACAAGCUUCACACAUGACUGUACCCAUAAUGCAAGUCCUGCCCUGCGAGAUCCCCUCUGACCUUAUAAUUCGCCUCUGCAACAUCGAGCAGACUCUUAUCGACCUCUACAAUCCUCAUGCCUUCUUCACACCCUGUGAAACUCCCUUUCACCGUCCCUACCAGCGGCAUAGCGACCUGACUCGGACCCAGAAACCUGUCUUCUUUGGGCCCACCUCCAUUCACGAAGAUGAUGCAGCACGUGUUCUCACACGCUCGAGUCACGAUUGCGGAUUUCAUGAAGAAGGCCUCGACUCCGGGGGUGAUUUUCAGUCCUGCUUCAGACAUGUCUCUCAAGAGGCACAAGGUGGGACAGAUGAUAAUGCGUGCCCCUUGUCGGAUCAGGGCGCGGAACGCUUCGGGAAAAUCUAUGUCCCAGCAUAUCAACAGUCCUUGUUACUGCUCUUGUAUAUUCCUAGAACCGUACCAGUCUACUUCAUUCAAUUCGAUGUGGACUGGGGAUCAUUGUUCGAAAAAACAAAAUCAUCCACCAUCACUACGCCAUCAGUUUUGCAAUCGUAG